UAAUGUAAUACUUACUUACACUUCUUUGUUUCCCUUUAAUCCUAGGAUAAUAAGUGCCAGAAGAGAAUGGAGUUUUAAUAUUAACUGAUUAAAACUUUGAAUAUGUUUUGAAAAAAUAUGAAUUUGUAUUAGUGGAUUUCUAUGCUAAUUGGUGUGGACAUUGGUAUUAAUUAUAAAUAAUAUUUAGUCAUGAAUUAGCUCCAGUAUUUGCUUCAUGUGCAAGAUAAGUCAGGAAUCAAAAUGUUUAAUUUGCUAAAGUAAUAAAGUCAAUAAUUUUAAGAUCAAUUGUCCUUUAUAUGAACAUUUGUGUAGAAGAUAUUAAGUAACUGGAUUCCCAACCUUAAAAUUAUUUGGUGAUGGAUAAUUAUUGAUGGAUUAUCAAGGUGAAAGAAAAGAAAAAGCUAUUGUUGAUUGGAUGAGAAAGAAAACAAGUAAUCAUAAUAUAUAUAAAUAUUUGUUUAGAUAAAGGAUCUGUUGAAGCUAAAUCAUUAGAUUAAUUAAAGAAGAUCUCAGAAUCUCCAAAUUUAGUUAUGGUAUUCUAUGGUGAAUAGAAAGAAUCUUAUGAAUUUAUGUAAUACUUGUAAUUCUCACAGUAAUCUUAAUGUUUAAUGUUUUUAGAAAGAAUAAACAUAUUUAAGCUAUGCACACUUUUAAUUAAAACUAUGCUAAUGAAAUGAGAGUUUAAGUACCAAGCAUUGUAGUUUAUAAACCAUAUGAUGAAAGAAAGGCUGCAAUUAUUGAUAAUUUUGAGAUUUCUUACAUUGAAUAAUUCAUUAAAAAACAUUCCUAUCCAGUUUUAAUGAAUUUUGAUAUUUAAGUAAGGAUAAAAAUGUUAAAUUAUUAUUAGACAGCAAAAAGAAUAUUUAAAGGAGAUUAACCAACACUUUUUUUACUAUAAAAUUCUUUAACAAAUCAAGCAGAAAAGUAAUUAAGAUUAGCUUUAUCUAAAAUAAAAGAUUAGGUUCUUAUUUGCAUAGCUAAUACAAAUAAUAAAUAUGGAUUAAGACUGAUGUAAUAUUUUGGAAUUUAGAAUGGUAUAAAUGUAUGUUUAAUGUUUAGAUUAUCUACCUUAGAUUGUGGCAUUUAAUCCAAUUUCUGAGACUUUUAAUUUAUUGAGUGAAAUUACAAAAGAUGGAAUCAUUAAUUUUACAUAAUAAUUCCUAGGUCUCCAAUAGAAUUCAUAAAAAUAAGACUUAUGA